AGCAGUAGGCUUUCAAUCAGGUGUGGCGUGUAGUAGGGCUGUGUUCAGAUGUUGAAAUGCGGUACUGUUAAAUCUGGAUUUAUUCCUUACAUGGACCAAGUGAACAUGUGACACACACAGGAUCGGUGAAUUAUCUGGAAGUUUGGAUCUCUGGAAUAUAUGUGAUUGACAAGUGCUGUCAACGUCAAUAUCAAAAUUGACAAGAAACUAAACAUGUGUUUGUCAAUGGACAGUGUUUGUGUACGAUGUUAUGAGAGUUCAAUGGCACUGUAGUUUCAAACUGAAGUUUGUCAAAUAGUCCUUUUGGAAUUAACAGAGAGGGGUGUUCAAAUGCUGCAUUUCUAUAGGUGCAGUGUUUAAAUUGAUGGCUUAACACCUGCAUUAAACUUGUGGCGACCGUGGAUGUACAUUUCACCUGUGAUGACUCGCACCUGGAUUUCACGUUUCUGUAAGAUCGGAUCAUAACAUGUGGAUACCAUGGCUUGGACACAACAUAUACUUUCAUUCUUGGUUGGAUAUUGUCUCUUAGCAGCAAUAUCGGCACUGUCAUGGAAGAGGAAGCCACAGAGUCAGAGUGUGGCAGUCGGCGGCAACGUCACGUUCCAUUGUGAGAUUAAUGAACGAGGACAGAGGACAGUGAUCUGGCAUGACUCCGCCUACAACAUCUUGUUCCAAGGUCGCGAUCGCUUCAAUGCACCACCUAAUUACAUCAUUCAAGGAGAAUUUAAUCUAGUUAUAACAAAUAUCAAAAAAGAAGAUAAUAGACAAUUUAUAUGCAAUGUGAAAGAUCUCGGGCUUGAGUCGGCAAAUCUGACAGUUUUGUUGCCCCCGGAUCCACCAAGCAUCGAGGCCAAUGCCACAGGAAAUCCCUACCGGGAGAACCAAGUCCUGGGCCUCACGUGUAAAUCAAGGGGAGGCAACCCAAACCCAACAAUUCGUUGGUUAAAAAAUGGACAAGUUCAAUUGGACAAUAUUAUAAAUAACCCAGCCCCGACAAUAGGGGGGGUAUCGUCUAGUCAUUUAGCUAUUGUGUUAGAUAGGACAGAUCAUCAAGCUAAUUAUACGUGUGUUGUUUAUAACGAAGUGAAUGCACAAACUCCCCUCGGCACAUUCCAAGUUUUACAAGUUCAGUAUUCCCCUUUUAUUACCUUUGCACCAUUCGAUGACCUGCUCAAUAUUCGAGAUGCGGCGGACGCCACAUUGGUGUGUAUAGUCGAUGCCAAUCCCCCGGUCUCCACGGUAACCUGGCGGAAAAACGGUCAACCCCUCGCAGGAGUGUCCAAGAGCCGCGUGUUCCAACCCGCCAUAAAGACUGACACCGGAGAGUACAUGUGCAUCGCUAGCAACGGCAUCAACGGCGCUAAAAAUGGAACCAUAAUGCUCAACGUCAUAUAUCCUCCCGUCAUAUCAGUCCCAUCGUCGAGAACAGUAGAAGAGGGUUCAGCAGUGAACAUCACGUGUAACUACGAUGCCAAUCCAGAACCAUACCAGGUGCAUUGGGAACGAAUCUCCCCGGGUUCCUUCAGUGUCGACAACAGUCGACAGCUGGUGUUCAAUCGAAUUCUCCGUGACAACGCAGGAAACUACACGUGUAAAGCUUGGAGUCAGCUGAAAAUCUCAGGCGAGGAGGGAACCAACAUCAUGGAACAAUCCUUCACCUACAUCAACGUCGAGUAUCCCCCAGGAAGUGCGUUCAUCAAACCAGUCGGUGAUUACAACGUGGGAGACAGUGUUGAGCUCAAGUGCUCUGCCAGCCCAGAAGGUUUUCCAGCAGCAACAUUUGAAUGGAAGAAAGAUGGAUUGACUCAGGCCCAGAAUUCGGCGACAUAUCGGAUAAACAGUGCACGUCUGUCGGAUAUCGGAAACUACGUCUGCACACCCCAGAACAAAGUUGGCAGGGGACAGUCCAGCGCUAUUUCAUUAUCUAUCAAUGAGCCCCCAACACUGACGGAAAGUCCGAACAAUGCAGAAAUUCAUGUGCCACUUUCUGACCAAGAUCCCAUCGAAAUCAAAUGUGUGGCCCGAGGUCGGCCAUCUCCAAGAAUCUCCUGGUUCAAGAAUAAUGAUGACGUUCCCCUGAUGACUCUUUAUCCAAGGUUCUACACCAUCGAACAGACAAACAUAACUGAGAGUACCCACAGAUUCAUCAUCACAAAUAUCCUCUACUUUAGAGGUGGGGGAAGGAACAUGACGGAGUCGGGACGGACACGACUACGGGUUGAGGACAUCGGGAACUACACGUGUCGUGUGGAGGCACCCUCACACACGGACACCGUCAGCGGCAGGGCCAGCGUCUAUGUUCAGUUCAAACCCCUGGUGACUCUGGGUGAGGAACGGGUUGCCAUGGAUAUUGCAGACACGGCCGCACUGCCGUGUAUAACCCGCGCCAACCCAGUUCCAACCUUCCGCUGGUACAGGAACAACGUGGAGAUCUCCGAAGGAGGUCGCUACUCAACGAGGUUGGAGGUGCUCGGAGAGACGGCCAUGUACCAGAGCGUGCUGACUAUCCUGGACGUCAGUCAGGGAGACUUGGGAGGAUACAUGUGUCGCAUGGAAAACCCAUUUGGGAACAAUUCCAAACCUGUCACAUUGUCACUGAAGUCUGCUCCGGAAGCCCCCUCUAACCUGAUGGCCCAAAGCAAGACAUGGGAGUCCGUCUCUCUCACCUGGGAGGCAGGGUUCGACGGCGGUGCAGCUCAGGACUUCUUUGCACGCUACAGCGCCGGCAGUGACAUCAAAGAGGUGAAGGUCAGACCAUCAGGGGUCGCGUUCUUCAACGUCACAAAAUUGACUCCCCACACCAGCUUUUUGUUUUUUGUGUACGGACGCAAUAAUUUGGGACAAGGUGCUCUGUCGUACGGAAUACCUGUUGUUACUGAUGAACUAGUGAUCCAGACCCUGGACAGCGUGCCAACGUUCGACUCAUCCACCCAGAUGCUGGUGGUGAAGAUCGGCCUGGAACCAGCAUAUUGUCUCAAAGUGGAUAUUCGUACCCAGGAGACGGGGAGUCGGUGGGAGACAGUGUACCCAUGCUUGGAGAUGGUCGGCGACAGUGUAGAGGUUCCCGGUCAAGGGGUCAAUGCCAUGAAUGUGUCAGUGUGUCUGAAAUACAGGAACGAUGUCUGCGGAUCUCCCAUGCAAGCUGAAAUAAGUCAGCCCCCAAGCCAGGGUUUGACGGAACGUGAUGUCAUAAUCAUCGCCUGUGUGUGUGCCAUCAUCAUCAUCACGCUCCUCACGGUCCUCGUCUGUUUUAUCUGCAAGAGGAAACGCAACCAAGCAAAGGAAUAUACUUCGGAAAAUCCUGCACGCAGACCUCAACCAAUUAAUGGUAGUGUAACAAAUUCACAAAAAACGCCCCAAGCUUACGACAACACAGGUAUGACACAGUUGGAUGUCCUCGAGUUGGAUGACCCUAGCAUUAAUGGAGCUUUUGCACGUGAUUCUGCUCUGACUAAUAUUAAUAAUGGUUAUGGGCCAUUGGAACUGAAGCGAAAUGGGCACAUUCCUUAUCGAGACGGACAUCUGCGACCCAAUGGCAAUAUCGUACAUGACACGUCAUACGAUUCCCAGUUAGAGAAACAGAUAUUUGAAAAUGAAAUGAAUCGAAGGAAUGAAAACAACAGCAAAGGUAGCAGGCCAGGAGAGCUGCAGUUUCACGGUAUUCCACGCAGUCCCACGAAGGAGAAGUACAUGGACCUGGAGGAGAAGAAAGAAGGCAGCCUUCAGUCCGGCCAGGAGAGCGGAUAUUCCACACCAGACCCGAACAAACCCAAAAAGGUUAUAUAUGAAGUCGUUGUCUGAACCUGUCCCGUGUUUUCUAUUGGUGGAUCCCAACACUCUUCACCCUUCACUGAGCUUGUCCUCAAAGCUGAUUGGCUGAAAUGUCAGGCAGAAAUGUGUGACAGCACACAGAGUAAGUCAGUCGUUCGCCUCUCAUUCUUUGCCGGUCAAAACCUCGUACCUCAUGUGUGUGUGUGAUAAGACAAAAGAACUUAUCCCUAAGUUGGCGUGGCUGCCAAGGGAGAUAACUGUGAUCGCACUUCCGUGCUCUUGUGCUUCCAAUGUGGCUGCAAUCAGAAACUAUUUGACCUUUGUGGAACCGUGACCAUGUAUUGUGAUUCUCAAAAUGUGUGCAUGCUUGUGACCUUGACCCCCGUGGUGACCUCUGUAUGGAAUGACCUUCAGACUAUGUACAACUGCACUAUGAAGUCCUAUCUGCUGCACCAAGUUGAACUUCGACACUGAUGGUCAUGUGACCUUGACAGUGAUGUGUCAUGUGACCUUGACCCUAAUGAGGGCUAACGUGGUACAUAUCUGAACAGACAAUUGUGUUAGGUGAAAACAGACAGUUACAGGGCCAGCGUGCGCCAGAAGCAUGACAGUGAACAGUGCAGACAUAUCGUCGAUGAAAACAAGCUGCCAUUCAGCAUUACAUGAUUAAUAUUUUUAUAUGAAAAAUGGACAACACAGAGCUAAAGCUCCAACUGUUUAUAUGGUGCUUUCCAUGUCACACACAAUCAAGUUUGUGUGGUGCCGCGGUGGCUCAACUAAAUUAAGCAGACGUUUGUUACUUGGAAACCACCGAUCACCAUUGUUUAUGUUUAGUGUUGCAUAUGUCAUGUGACUGUUGGUAUGGAUGAGGAUCGACACUCGCGUAGUCUUGCUUACCCCAUAGAAUACAGACUCCUGCACGUCUUGGACCUGGGAUGUCAUGUCCAGAAAUAUACUCCUCAAAAGAAGAUAAGGAACACCCAAAGGUUUCCACCUGAAAACCUGUCGAUCAGGGCCCCAAACAUCUCGAAACAUCCCCUCACAGAUGGUUGCUUACAUGGAAAGGAAAUACAUACUUCAUCAAAUGCUUCAUAGACAAUGAAUAUUAUUUACCAGCAGUGGAAGACAUGUUAUUAUGAUAGACGUGACUGGUGAACUAGAGUCAUAUAAAAAAACCAGUUGUUCCUUCACUUCUUUUGAGCAGUAUAUGAAGAAUAUUUGAAUGAAGGGCAGAUAAGUGUAUUGUUAUUAAUCUCAGGUGAAGCAUUAAAUGUGUACAAUAAUCAAAAUCCCAGACUGUGCGCUUCUGCGUAUACUGAAGAUUAGUUGUAGGCUAGUAGUGUCAGUGUACAGUAGAGCUCCACAGCAUAAUACUUGCAUGAGAACAAAUGUUAGUAUUUGACACAUUUUUCAACAGUUUUUAGACCAAAUGACAAAAAGUUUUCUGUUUUUACUAAGUAAAAUCAAGUGUGUUAACAAUAAACCAAAGAUGCUUCAGUGAUGUUAUGGAAUUGAGAAUACCAUAUUUUAUAUCUCGAUUAUAAGGAUGAUUGUUGAAAUUGGAAAGUAAAACCAUUAAUUUUGGGGCAUUGUAUAUUUCUGUGCUACAUGAAGGAAAGUAGUUUGUGUCGUCCCUGAAACUCUGGAUACAGAGUUGACACGGAUUACAGCAAUCCUAAAAUACCAUAAUAUUUUGAAAAUAUGCAAUCAAAAAGCAAAGCGAUCGUAUGUAUAUUGACUUACGACAGUCUUAACAGUGAGAACACUUUAUAAAAUAAAUUCCACAAUGUGUAGCGGCGAACAGACUUAGAUUUCUGAUGGUCUUAGAUCGAGACCACAUAGUGAAAUAGUUAUGUAUAUACUGAUACACUCACCGGUUUACAUUGACUACAUGUUUGCGAUAGUUACACAGUUUGGACAGUUAAAAAGUUAGUUUUACUACAAGUGAAGAGUUAGGAAGGCUACAGACUUAUGGCUUUGUAUGCACGCUCUAAAUACCCAUCGUAGAUGAUCAGAAGGACUGACAGGUCAGUAUAUGUCAGUGUGUAUCUUGUAUUACGUCAUAGCUCGUGAAGCUGGAGUUACCUGUUCUGAAUGGUGAAUCACACUCAAUUCAUUUUAAGCUUUUGCUGAAACAUUUUUAGAAAAAUUACGGAAGCUGUUUCAUUAUCUUAUCAUUAUUUGAGCAGGAAAUUUGGUUUUAGGUGUAAGAUUAAGAUUUGAAUCUUGUUUAUUUUGAUAAGUGUAAACUAUUUUACAUGUUGAGAUGUUAAAAACUCCGCUGUUUGAAUGGAGCUGCAGGGCCAAAUGACCACAACUAGAAAGUGAUAGUAUUCACAUAAACAAAUCAUCAGAUAUACUCAGAUGUAACUUUGGAGAUCUCAUUCAUGUUUUUCCGGAUUAUAAUAAACUCCUGUAUUAAAACUGCUAUAAUCUGGCAAUUGGUUGUACAUACUGUGAGAAUGAGAUGUGUCUGUGAGAUUGGUUGUACAAAAGAUCUAUAGUGCUCGGAUGUGUUAUAAAUAUAUUUAACCUGUCCAGGGCAAUACGUCCCAUAUGUCGCCAUUAAACAAUAUGAUAUAAAGUAAAUAAUAUAUCAACUUUGAACAAAACCAUUCUUUUAGAUUCAAACGUUAUUCACAAGAGAAAUGUUUGAAAGGUAGAACUGAAAAAGGCAGUUUUGAUAUUAGAUAUUUCUUUGAAAGCCAUAUGGAUUUUCGAAGAUCAUUUUGUGAUAAAAAUGAUUUUUACCAUUGAUAUUAUUUUAUGUGUGGGAAAAUGUUAUUUUUUUUUAUGUGACAUUUUACAAAUUUUACUGCCAAAUAAUGAUUUGACAGAAAUUUUGAAGGUGCUUACUGUGUUUGUAAAUUAGAAGAAAAAAUUAAGUAGUUGCUAGGGGUAACAUGCGUGCUUCUUCCGUCCAAAUAUUGAAAGCUAGUGAUGCAAGAGCAGGGUUUUGACUUUUCUGAAAUCCUUUUGUCAAAAUUGGACAUAUGCAAAUAUUGUACACAUUUACAUCAUUCUAUAUGCAAAAUGAGUGCCUCGCCCAUCUGGAGCACCUGUAAGAAAUAUGUAGUUUCUACACCAGGAAUUAGGUUAAGCACUAUCCCUGUGUGUUGAAAUAUCCUGAAAUUCCAUGUAUGUUUCUGAAAUAUCAACAUGUGAAUGGUUAUGACAAAUACCUCCUGGCUGGGUAAUACGAGACCAUAAUGUUCCACCUGAUGGUCAUGAAUACUUCCGUAUCACACAGGGAAACAAGCACCAGAAACAAGAUUAUAGUAACUACUGCUUUGGUUUGGUUACCAUUUAUCAUUAAAUAGCCAGUUUUGGUCUUUGUAUUUCAAUAUGAAAGUAAAAGGAAACAUGUUUGGUAAUUACAUUAAUAUACAUAGUUUUAAAAAAGGCAAUGAUUUUUAAAUAAUUCAUAUUUUAAGUUGAAAUAAAGGACAGAAAGUGCUUCACCUUUGUCCAGGUCAAUACAAUACAUAGAUAGAUAGAAACCAUGCAGCUAUCAUGCCUUUAGUACUUCUGGGUAUUAUACUAAUUCAGAUAUAGAAGCUAAAUUUAUCUGAUUACAAACUUUUAGUGUUUCUCAAACAAUGUUGUUUCAGAAUUCUAGAAUGGAAAGAUCUGUCAGACAGAUCUGUGUUAUAUUUCAUUAAUAUCAACAUGUUUGAAUGAUACUCUAAGUAUAUAUAUCACAAGAUAAGUUGGAAUUUUAUUAUGAAAUAAUUGAAAAUUCUCAAUUUUAACAGACAUGUUUCACUAUGCUUCAUUUUCCCACCAUAUUUGUAACAUAUGAGUAGCAUUAUCAUUGUAUAUAUGUACACAGUUUUCAUGACGUUAAGCUGUUUCAUGGUGUACACCAUUGUUUCAUUAUGUACAACGUUGUUGUAUCCGCAUGUGCAUGAACAGGUUAGUAAUCAUUGUACAUCAUCAUCAACAUAAUAAAAUAAAAAUCAUCGACAAUA